AUGAUUAUGUUGCAUCAUGGCAUGCAACAACAACGACGACGACGAUGCCCUACACUCAGAGACGCCAUACAAUUUAUCACACCUGCCGCACAAACGACUGCGACAUUACUGCGUCUACAGCCGAAACACAGUCGAAGAAAAUUAAGCCGACGCCAGCAGAAGCAGCAGCAGCACUACCACCACCGUCACCUACAUCAACAGCCAACAAAACGAAUACCUCUGCCAUUGGCUUUAUUGUUGGUCGCAACAUUGGGUACAAUGAGUGGGCCAUACGGUAGCAGUGUAUCAGCCCUAGCAAUGAACGGAGGCAAUAACAACAAUAAAGUUUCUCAAAAUAGCAUAAAUGUAAACAGCAACAACAAUAACAAUCUAAGCUUAAGGACAUCAGCUUUAAUAGCAGCUGCCUCGACUACCACAUCCACGUCCUCCGCCUCCACAUCAACGUCAUCAUCGUCGUCCUCCUCGUUAGUUGGGUCAAAUGGAAAUGCUGUGCCAUCAUUGGCACUAACAGCGGUGGGUGGUAGCAGUUCUAGUUCCUCAUCAAUGUCUUCUUCAUCCUCCUCCUCGUCUUCAUCAUCGAUGUCUUCGUCCUCGUCUUCCUCCUCAUCGUCCUCGUCUUCGUCAUCAUCAUCAUCAUCGAAUUCUCGUAGCAGUCGUCAAUAUGGCAGUAACAGCAACAACAACAACAAUCAACAUGACCAAUUACCUUCACAACUUUCAUCACGUAUCAUUCACACACGCAAUGGAGCCUUAUCGGGCGUAAUUGUACAAUUAGAUGGCCGCCAUUUAGAUCCGGUUGAGGCAUAUCGUGGCAUUCCGUAUGCAUCGCCACCUGUCGGUAAUUUGAGAUUUAUGCCACCUGUAUCGGCGGCCAUGUGGUCAGGCGUCAGAAAGGCAGACAGGUUCAGUCCUGUAUGCCCUCAACGUCUGCCCGAUAUAGGCAAUCAAACUGCAGCUUUGGAACGUAUGCCAAAAGGUCGCUAUGAGUAUCUGAAACGCUUACUGCCAUAUUUGCUAAAUCAAUCUGAGGAUUGUUUAUAUUUAAAUAUUUACGUUCCCAUACAAGUGGCCUCAAGAGAUUCUUCAGCCAGCAGUGGUUCAUCAUCGUCGUCAUCAAGUAGCAGUGGCAGCAAUGGUGGUGCCAGUGGCAGUUCAUCGUCAUCAUCAUCGUCGUCCUCUUCGCAAGCCAAACUGCCCGUCAUGGUAUUCGUUCACGGUGAAUCGUAUGAAUGGAAUAGCGGUAAUCCCUAUGACGGUUCGGUACUGGCCAGUUUCGGUCAGAUGCUAGUGGUGACGAUAAACUACAGAUUGGGACUGUUAGGUUUCCUUAAUGCCAAUACCGACCGUUACUCAAAAUUGCCAGCAAAUUAUGGUUUAAUGGAUAUUAUUGCUGCCCUGCAUUGGCUUAAGGAGAAUAUUGCCUCAUUUGGUGGCGACCCGCAAAGUAUUACACUGGCUGGCCAUGGCACCGGUGCAGCUUGUGUACAUUUUCUCAUAUCAUCCAUGGCUGUGCCAGAAGGUUUACUAUUCAAUCGAGCCAUACUAAUGUCAGGUUCGGGCUUAGCACCGUGGUCGUUAGUCAGUAAUCCUGCCAAAUAUGCUGCCAUUGUGGCCCAUCAUGUAAACUGUGCACCGGAUUUGCCGCAUGCCCAUUUCAUGAAGUGUUUACGUGAAAAACCUCUGGACCAGUUGUUAAGUGUACCAAUUAGACAGCCAGAAUUCGGUUUUGCAUUUGGCCCCAGCAUAGACGGAGUGGUUAUCGAUGGUGGUGACUAUGUGCCACCGCCACCAAAUUAUAUGCACGCCCAGGCAUCAACGUCAGCAGGCAGUGGUUUGGGUGGUGAGGCUGGCAACGCUGCCCAUGGUGGUUGGGGUACACCGGGACAAUUGGAGAAUAUUGUAUUAAUGAGGAAAACAGCCAUUAACAAGUUAUCAAGAUAUGAUUUAAUGGCUGGCGUCACACGUGCCGAGGCAUUCUUUUCCUUUAACUCCGGUGACGUUCAAUAUGGCAUCGAAGCUGACAGACGGUCGAAAAUCUUAAAGGCCUACGUGCGGAACACCUACACGUAUCAUUUGAAUGAAAUUUUUGCCACCAUCGUUAAUGAGUACACCGAUUGGGAGAGGCCCGUCCAGCAUCCAAUUAAUAUCAGAGAUGAAACACUCGAGGCAUUGAGCGACGCCCAGGUGGUUGCUCCCGCUGCUCAAACUGUUGAUUUGCACUCUGCCGACCAUCGGAAUUCCUAUUUGUAUGUGUUUGACUACCAAACACGUUAUGGCGAUUAUCCUCAGCGUCAAGGCUGUAUACAUGGUGAGGAUUUGCCGUACAUAUUCGGUGCACCUCUGGUAGGAGGAUUCAAUCAUUUCACUCGCAAUUAUACCAAAACCGAAGUAAGCCUCUCCGAAAUCGUUAUGCUGUACUGGUCUAAUUUUGUUAGGACGGGAAACCCCAAUGAACAAAUGGAAAGUGACCAUGGCAGCCGUCAGGAGCGCAGUCGUUACAAGACCAUCGAUUGGACAGCUUAUGAAAGUGUACAUAAGAAGUAUUUGAAUUUUGACACAAAACCGAAAUUGAAAAAUCACUAUCGUGCUCAUCGUUUGUCCUUUUGGCUUAACCUCAUACCGGACCUACACAAGCCGGGUGGCGAUAAUGUGCCACCCUCACAUCAUCAACUUAGCGACGAUGAUGACAUGGACAAUAACAUUGCCGGCGAGGCAGCCGUUAAGCCCUUGAAUCCACCCUACUCGCCCAGUAUUGGAAAUGCCGCCCUGGGAAAUUUUAGCAUAUUCACCAAUCAAGUGUUCUCCCUGCUUAAUCUAAGUUCACCUUCGUCGUCACUACAACGCAAUGGUACUAGGUAUGCCGGUGGUAAACUUUAUCCCGAAGAUAUGAUGGAUGGAGAUGGCCAUGGGGGCAGUCAGGCCUCACAAGAAAGUGAUGGAUUUGCUGCCUACUCCACGGCCUUAAGUGUCACCAUUGCCAUCGGCUGCAGUUUGCUUAUACUGAAUGUUCUUAUAUUUGCCGGAGUCUAUUAUCAGCGUGAUAAGACACGUUUAAAUGAACCACGCUCGCAGAGUAAACUGAAGCGCCAAGAAAGUGGACAAAUGCCCAAUAAUAUUUGCGGCGAUUUGGAGACCCUAACCAUUCACACGAAGAGUGAUCCUGCCACCAUUCUCUCGCAUCACCAUGCCCUGCAGCAUCAUCAACUACCACCGCCAGAAUUUGCCGAUCUCCCACAUCGGGCACCACCACCGCCAAAACACCUGAAGUCUAUGCAGCAGGAUCCCGGAGGGGGUGGGAAUGUUGGAAUGGGCAACAAUACGAAUGCACAAAGUGCCACAAUAAUGGGUCUUCUGCCACCGCAUGCCUUACAAGUCAUGGGUAAUCAAUGUGGGACAUUAACCAAAAAGAGUUGUAUGAAACAAUCCUCAAUGCAGCAGCAACAACAGCAGCAGCAACAACAACAGCAGCAACAGCAACAAGUACAACAGAACCAACAACAGAUGAUUGUGACACAUCAACAUCAGCUGCAAAAUGCUCAUAAUCAAACAAUGACCACAGCGCUGACGGGAGGUGGAAUGGGUGGCCCAGGGUCGGGAAAUGGUCCUCCACCAGCUCCGCCCACAGUAACCGUGACAACAGCCCAAUCGAUGCAACAACAUCCCUUGGCCCAGUCCCAACCUCAUCCCCUAAUGGAUGAGUUAAGAGUGUGACAUUAAUUAACCGUACGUUUCAAGUGUGAUCUCUAAGGGCUAUCCUAAUGACC